AUGUACACUGAUCAUCAGAGCACUGAUGAUCAGUGUGCCCUGAUGAUCUGUGUAGCCCCAGCAGUACCACCUAUCAGUGUCCAUCAAUGCCACAUUUCAGUGCACAUCAAUGCCACAUAUCAGUGCCCAUCUGAGCUGCCUUUCAGUGUCACCCAUCAGUGCCAGUCAGUGCCACCUAUCAAUGCCAUCUGUGCCACCUAUCAGUGCCGCCUAUCAGUGCCAUAUAUGAGUGCUGCCUUUCAGUGCCCAUCAGUGAUGCCUGUCAAUGCCCAUCAGUGCCUCCUACCAGUGCCUCCUCAUCAGUGCCACCUAUCAGUGUCUAUCAGUGCAGCCUAUCAGUGCCCACCACUACAGCCUCAUUAGUACACAUCAGUGA